GCUGAUUUUUGGAUACUAAGGAAAAAUUCUGCACUUUGAAAAGUUAUUUUUGGACUUGUAAGCUGAUUUUUUGAGUGCAAAAUGCAAAUUUUACACUUUUUACAGCUUAUAGGUGCUGAAAUAGGAAAAAAUCUGCAAUCUUUUCUUGGUGUUCAAUCUGAUUGUUGAGUUCAUCCGAUGCAUAUGUGCUGAAUUAUGAUGUUUAAUAGAUGCAUAUGAGCUGCUUUGCACGUGCAUGACAUAACUAACCUUCUCAUAUGCAGCAUUUUGUUUUGAAAAGUGCAAAAAAGCACAAGAAUUGGUUUCCAGAACCAAAUUUGAAGCUUAAAAUCUAUAUUCUUUAAAUCUGAUUUUUAUCUCUUCAAAGCUAAAAAGACUUGGUCUUAGCCAUGUUUUUGCAGAUUUUGGGUCCACCGAACACAUCAAGGAGAGGAAAGAUUUCUAGCUCACUUUGUUUUUAAAAUAUGAAUGAGCAUAAAGUCUUAAGUGUGGGGGUUUUAAGUUCACUUUGUUUCUUCUUGAUGAUGAUAAAAAGAAAUAAUAUAUUCCUUUUGGCCCUUGAACGAGGACGUUCAACUCUUAAGUGUGGGGAUAUCCUAUUUGUUUUGGAAUAAAUUGCAGUAAAAGGCCAAAUUGAAGCUCAAGUUUGAAAAGAGAAGAUUGAGUUUGGACCGGAGCCCAAACCCAUCAUCAACAACUCAAUUAAACAAAGAUAAGCCCAAGUGUCCUUCCCCCAAAUUCAAAGUCACGCAAGAAAAAAGUGCUUCCUGCGAUUGAAGCUAGUGCAAGACCAGGAGAGGAGCAGCGACCUAUUCAAAUUGGCAGUAACGCAUCUCCUUCAACGUUCGGCCAUGAAUUGCUCUCCAAAUCAAGUCAACAACGGCUCCUUGUUCUCUCUCUUCACUCAAAAUGCUCCAACGGAAAAAAAUUCCUCCCUGGAAGUAUGUUUUCAUGCUUGAAUAGAGAGUUGGGGUUCUAAGGUAUAUUUCAAAACGGGCCUUUGAAUUGCAUGACUCCGGGCCGUGUGGAGAGUUGACAAUCCUCCAUAUCGUGGUUAAGGAAAUGAAUCGACUCGGCCUUUGAUUGUUUUUCCUAUUCUUAAGUGCAACAAAUUGAAGCAAACAAGGUGGAAAUUUGAGAAAGAGCAAAACUUCUUGAAUCAGUUCGGAAGGAAAAGGAGUUCGAACGGAGAUUAUGCGAAGGAUUAAAAAUGAUGCAGAAAAUGCUGGACGACUUUCAAAGAGAGAGACUAGAAGCUGAGGCUAAAGCUGAUAAAUUAGUCAAUGAUCUCUGUAAGGCUAUUGAGUUUAAACGCUCCCUCCAACCUCAAAAAAAGGCUCUACAACCUAAGACCAACCCUGAAUCAUUCCACCAUCAGGUUCUAGUUCUAGAAGAUUCACCUAGUUCUACACCAUCAGUGAAACCCGAGAGCAUAACAACACUCGCUAGGGCUACUAUGGUGAUAUUACCUGAAUCUCUUCCUAGCCAAGUCCCAGCCAACAUAGUCGUACGUGAGGUGGAACCAACUAGACCUGACUCAGAACCACCUAUGCUUAUUCAAGAAGAAAAGGAGGAGGACGUUCUGCCUAUUGCAAUAAACGACCGUCUCCUUAAUUGUUUUGAAGACACGCCUCUAGAUGAACUUGCUCUGGAGGAAAUAGAGCCCACAACAAACCCUCAAGAUUCCAAUACCCACGAGUCUAAGGAGGAACCUAUAGAUGAGGAAGAAUUGUGCAUAGAAAGGCCAAUUCCGUCUAUAGAAACCUGCGCAAAUAAUGAUUCAUCUGAAGAUGCAGACCAUGCUUUCUUUGAUUCCCUACUUGAUGGGUAUGACUAUGUCUGCCCGAAGGAUGGUUGGAAUUUAAAGAGUUGGGAUGAACUUCUAGUGAGUGACCAUGAGGACUCUUCCAUGGGGGAAAACACGGUCGUAAUCAUUAAACCACAAAUGGACAGGCAGCCAAUUGAAGCUAAGGAAGAAAUCAAUUUUGCAAUCAAGGCUAAUGAUGUGGAUCUACUGAGGAGACUUCCGCCCGCACCCCCUAUACAAAGUCUCCUCCAUAUAUCCUGUUGCCACCAAGCCGCAGGGAUGAGUCAGGCAUCCUGUACCUUGACCGAAAAACAAAUUAAACAAGGUGGCAUCAGAAGAGAGUCAGAAGGGCCAAACUUUAUGACUCUCGGAUCAGGAAGUCGCGGAAAAAGUAGUGAGGUCCACUUGAUUGAUACUGCCUCUAGGACGAGGUUCGAUGAGUGGGGACACUCAUGGGUAUUACACGAGUUGGUGUGUCUAGCUCAGGACACGCUUACGGACUAUGGCUAUGCAGAGGAGAUGGAAAAGCUGCUUGAGGGGACUAGAUGGGAGCGCCUACUUCAGUUGAGGGCAGAGUCUAGCCUACCACUAACCAUCGAGUUCUUAUGCUCGAUAUCUGCUGUCCCGGAGAUUGAUUCACGAUAGAUGACUUAUACUUUGAUCACCGCUAAUACCAUAUUUGCCUUCACUCUUGUGGGCGAGUCAUUUCAUCUCGGGCUUUACACUCAGGAGGAGACCAAGCAGCCUGAGUUCUACGACGCUCCCUUCCGUGUUCCCGUAGACUUUGACCAUAAGGCUUUCUAGAGGGAGCAUUCAUCUGAGGAGCAAGAGUUCGUCAACAAGAAAAUUAAGGCGCGAUA